UAUUUAUUAUUAUUAUUAUUAUUAUUAUUAUUAUUAUAUUUGUCGACCCCACCAAAUUAAAAUAUGCCGGCUGGAAUUAAACCGUUGGAAAAGUUCUUAAAGAAGCAGACCUCGGCUCUGAGCCGCGCCGGCGGCUUCGGGGACAAGGGGGGCAGCGGGGGACCCCGAAGGAGGUCCAGUGUCUCCCGCGUCCUUCCUUUCUUCAGAGACCUGUCACCGGAGUCAGCCCAGCCGCCGCGGGAGGUGUUCAGCCCGGACGCGGACGAGGCUCCCUCCUGGCCGCCGGGCUCUGGAGCUCCCGCCGCCGCCGCCGCCGCCGCCGCCGCCGCCGCGUCCUCGCCCUCCUCCUGCUCAGACUCGCGGAGCCCCUCGCUCUCGAGCGACGAGCAGUGCAGCCUCGAGACCGCAACCGCCGCCGCCUGGGGGGGACCGCCGCUCGCGCCGGACACGCCUGAGAACCUGGUGCUCGCGCUGCUGGACGGCGUCACGGGGAGCAAGAGGCAAGGCGGGAACAGCGCGGAAAUCCUGCUUGAUGACUUCAUGCUCACUCACCCCAUUUUCCUCUCUGCAGACAAGCUGCAGCAAGUCCUCCUGCAGGAGUUUCGCGCUGACAGGAAGUCCCACGAGGGCUGGCAUGGGUUUGACACUGUGGACAGGAAGCAGGCCGUGCUGAGCGUGGCAUUCCGAUACCUCCAGACGUACCGUGACCUGCUGCAAGAGGAGGGGGAGAAAUCACAGGUCUUCCCCAAGGAGCUCUGUGUGUGUGCACUGCAGGAUCUCGCUAUGUACCCCGAGCUGGCGGAGGAGGUUCUCAAACUGCAGCACUGGACUGAGCUCCUACAGGACCAGGCUCUGGAGGAGAGCGACAGUAAGAAGCCGGUCCGGCCGCUCUUCAGACACUUCCGUCGGGUCGACGCCUGCCUGCAACCCAGAGAGGCCUUCCGGGGCUCCGACGAGAUUUUCUGCCGUGUGUACACCCCCGAUCACUCCUACGUGACGAUCCGCAGUCCUCUGUCCUCCAGCGUGCAGGAGAUCCUGGCUCUGGUCUCAGAGAAGCUGCAGUACAGCGGGGAGCAGGAGGGCCAGCAGGAGGCGAUGGUGCUAGUGGCAGUCACCUCUUCUGGGGAGAAGGCUGUGUUCCGCCCCAGUGAAGACUCAGUGUUCACCACACUGGGAGUGAACACUCACCUGUUCGCCUGCGAGCCCACACGACUGGGAGCACUGGUUCCCCUACCAGAGGAGAUCCACUGGUCCCCUGGUGACAGCAGGCUGCACGACAUGAGUGCCGAGGAGGUGGCCAAUCAGCUGCUAGCGUUUGACUGGGAGCUCUUCAGCUGUGUGCAUGAGGUGGAGUUUGUGCGCUACGUAUUCCGUGGAGAGGAGGCUCGCUGGCGCCCACUUAAUCUGGAGCUGGUACUGCAGCGCUGCAGUGAGGUCCAGCACUGGGUGGGCACUGAGAUCCUGCAGUGCCAGUCUCUGCCCAAGAGGGGGCAGCUGCUGCGCAAGUUCAUCAAGAUCGCAGCACUGUGCAAACAGAACCAGGACCUGCUGUCCUUCUUCUCUGUGGUUCUGGGGCUGAACAACCCGGCAGUGAGCCGACUGCGUCACACCUGGGAGGGGCUGCCAGGCAAGUUUAAGAAACAGUUCCAGCAGCUGGAGAGCAUCUCGGACCCCUCCCGAAAUCACAAGUCCUAUCGGGACCUUCUCUCCAGCCUCAAGGCCCCUGUCAUCCCCUUCACCCCGCUGCUCCUCAAAGACUUGACGUUCCUUCAUGAGAGCAGCAAGACUUUCCACGGGCCGCUGGUGAACUUCGAGAAGAUGCACAAAGUUGCAGAGAUGAUCCGGACCAUUAGGAGUUACAGGAGCUCCCCACCCAAUCUGGACACAGACUCCUCUCCCUCGUACCUGCAGACCAAGGCCUUUGUGCGGCAGCUGCAAGUCAUCGACAAUCAGAACCUGCUCUUCAACAUGUCGUACAAACUGGAGCCCAAAGACACCUGAGAGCCCCUGCCCGCCGCGCCCGGGCACUGCCCGGGACAACCCUGUACUAUUAGUGAUGAGAGAGAGAGAGGGUGUAUAUAUGUAAAUAUUAAAAAGACAGGGAGUCUAUAUUUUGUGUACAAUGCAUAUCAAAAGAUAGCGAAGUAUAUGUAUAUAUAAAAAAUAGGUAGUUUUUGUUUGUUUUUUUUGGUUUUUCAGAUAAGGUCUGUCUGCAUAUUAAUGUUGCUUUUGGUGGGUUUUUUGAUUGUUUGUUUGUUUGUUUGUUCUGGGUUUUUUUUUCAUUCCAGUUACCCUGGACUUUAAUUUUUGUUUUGUGGUCCGUUUAAUAGAAACUCAGUCAGGCAGACAGACUCUUCGACUGAGGAGAGUGAAGAGACCAGAGAGCUACAUCAUCUGUAUUAAUACAGUAGUGCUGAUGUAGUGGGGGGGCCCUUAUAAAACAUCACCACACUAAUGUAAUGAAGCACAGUGACAGCAUGGUCAACACAGAGAGGACUGGUAAAGCACAGGCAAGCAUUGCAAAGCACAGAG